AUGGCGCCCUUGCCACAUUCCCAAAACUUUCACCCCAAAGCCGCCGAUCGACACCGCACACUCAACGAACACUUCACCGACACCACACGCGUGCCGGCUUGCGACCACUGCACCUAUUUCAAACGCUUCGUGUACCGCAGUCUCCACGAGCCCACAGAUAGCAAUCAAAUCCUCAUCAGACAACACAACCUCGCCCGUGGCCCUCGCUCCCUCCACAGCAUCGCGGUUGAAGAAGAGCGCAUCGAAUCACGCGAGCACCAAAACUACAUGGACUGGUCACGCUCACGACACACCGUAGCUGCUGCAGCAGCGAAUGAAGGGGCAGAGACGGCAGUGGAGGGCAUGGACCUGUACGCAGAAGAGAGCGACAUAGCGACGUCCUGGGUCGAAGGAUCCACCAAAGAAGAACUACUCGCCUGGCUAGAGCGAAACGGAAACGAAAGGGACGACAUGGAAACGCUCCAACACGGAAGCGUAUUCGAUCUGCGCGAGUAUAUGAUGCACCGACGAUCCAAUGAGACAGCAUCCAUGGUGAACGUACAGCAGUCCAUCGCCACCGCACAACUUCCUUCGUCCUCUCCUCCGCUACUCGUAAAGACCCCAGAACCCCGCGCCACGCUGUUGCGUCAGCGUAUCAAAGCACAUACCAGCGUCAAACCACCCCAAGCAGCGCUGCGAGAGCCUGAAGAGCUGACAAGGUGGUACAACGCGUUGAAAGUGCCACUGCUGAAAGACGAGCUACACCAGCGUGGUAUUAAACCCGUGCCGAGUAAGAAAUCAAACAUCGUCGCGCUGCUAGUAGAGGACGAUACGAAGGGGUCAUGA